ACUUAUUUUGUAUAACAACUGAUGUGCGUUCCGAUAAGGUGGAUCAAUUAUCAAAAAACUCGGCAUUCGAAAUCUGUUGGUGGUUCUCUAAAACACGGGAACAAUUUCGUUUGGCAGGAAACGCAUACGUGCUAUCAUUAUCACUUUACUCAAAAUUUCCUUUCACUAAACUUUCUUCAUAUUUUCCUCAUACAUGUAAUUAUGAUUGGAAUAAUGAAUUGAGAUCUCAAUUUGAAAAAAUUUCCGAUGAAUUACGUGCAAAUUUAACUUAUCCUACUCCCGGUUUACCGCUUAAACAUGAAAAUUUCAUUAAAAAACUUGGAGUGGUUGGUAAGGAUGAUAGAGACAAUGAAUUAAUUCAAAAAUCUUUUGAAAAUUUUGCUUUAGUUAUUUUUGAAGUUGAAGAAGUAGACCGCGUCGAAUUAGCAACUGAUCCUCAUAAGAGAACUAAUUGGAAAUUAAAUAAUCAAACUGGGGAAUGGACCGAACAAAGAGUUUACCCUUAA